AGAACCAGAAGAGGUGCUAUCAGGGGUCCUGCACUCCGUUCUCCUACUACCCAGGAUCACGACUCCAAACGCCUCAGGAAUCCUCCGCUCAUCUCCUGCCUUUUCCCAACACCUUCCCCUCAGUCCGCUAUGGCCUCCCCCAUGACGACUCCGUCUCCCGGUGGCGCCUGCCACCCCAACGCCACCGUCUGCUCCGGAGAGUCCUGCCUGGUACCGCCUGACAACUUCAACCAGAUCCUGAGCGUGGUUCUCAGCACCGUGUUGACGGUCAUGCUGGCCAUGGUCAUGUUCGCCAUGGGCUGCACCGUGGAGGCGUCCAAGCUCUGGGGCCACAUCCGACGCCCCUGGGGCAUCUUCAUCGGCUUCCUCUGUCAGUUUGGCAUAAUGCCCUUCACAGCCUUCGCCCUGUCGCUGGCCUUCGACGUGCUGCCUGUGCAGGCCGUCGUCAUCAUCAUCAUGGGCUGCUGUCCUGGAGGGUCCAGCUCCAACAUCAUCGCGUACUGGCUGGAUGGGGACAUGGACCUCAGCAUCAGCAUGACUGCGUGCUCCUCCAUCCUGGCGCUGGGUAUGAUGCCGCUGUGUCUGCUCAUCUACACCUCCGUCUGGACGUCCGCAGACACCAUCGAGAUCCCGUACCAAAGCAUCGGCAUCACUCUAGUGUCCCUUCUCAUCCCUGUGGGCCUGGGAAUCCUGGUCAAAAGCAAGUGGCCCAAAGUUGCCAAGAAGAUUCUCAAGGUGGGCUCCAUCAUGGGCUUCCUGCUCAUCAUCAUCAUCGCGGUGGUGGGAGGCGUGCUGUACCAGUCCUCCUGGACCAUCUCUCCCUCGCUCUGGAUCAUCGGGGCCAUCUACCCUCUGGUGGGGUUCGGCCUGGGCUUUCUCCUGGCCCGCUUCGUGGGGCAGCCCUGGCACAGGUGUCGCACCAUCGCCCUGGAGACGGGCUUCCAGAACUCCCAGCUGUGCAGCACCAUCGUCCAGCUGUCCUUCUCUCCUUCCGAGCUGGAGGUCAUGUUUGCCUUCCCUCUCAUCUACAGCAUCUUCCAGCUGGUGGUAGCCCUCCUAGCUGUGGGAGGGUACCAGACGUACAAGAGGAACUGCGGCUCUUCCCGGGAGGGCGGCGAGGGGGACGCAGAGGCCCCCUCCUCCGGAGAGAAGAAGGAGUACGAGCUGGACAACAACGCCUUCGAGUGUGACGAGAACUCAAACACGGGCGUCAAAGGGAAGGUCACCCCCCUGUGAGCAGCUGCAGACGCCGCCUCGGCCCAGGAAACAGUCAAGCAGCGAAACGGACGCACUGGUGACGCCAAGCCAGCCCCCCUCAAGCUCCUGAGACACACAGCGAGUAACACUGACGACGGUAACACAUUGACGCCCUCUACUGGCGGGAGGUGUGCAUGACAGGUGCCACAAUCACUUUUUUAUUUCCGUAAAGCUGUACCUCGAGUCGGAUGUUUCAUCAGGCCCACCAUGCUUCGCAUUUUAGAAGAGUAUAUACGUGCAAAACUUUAUAUAAAUAUAUGUGGCUUAUAUAUAUCUCAACAGGAUAGGGUUACGGUUGUGAUGCUGAAGUGUUCUGAGUUGGUCAUGCUUUGGGCAUAAGUAACUUCCUUGAAGACAACGUCAUCUUUGCUCUACCAAAGACAGAGACUUACUUUUCAGUCAUUUCUGAACAACAAGAGGGAUAAACUGUAUAUAUUUAACGUAAUUUAUUAGCAUUGGGCUAAAAAAACAUAUAUAACAUUCUAU